CACAGAAAACGCCACUCAACUUGAAAUUCCAACCCGUCAACUAGGAGUAAUUUAUUCACAGUUUACUGAGCGACGUGAAAAAUUAAUUGAGUAUAUAUAAAUAUAUAUACAAAAAUUUGCUUUAGAUCAGUUAACAGACAACAGUCUGCUUAUUAAAUUUUUUAAAAAAGGGGCUAAAUGUCGCUUAAGAAAGCUAGCUGGCUAACUUAUUGCUAACAACAAAACAAUGGAUGCGUCCGUGUUUUGCCACUUUGAAAGUGUUGCGGAGGAAACUGACGUCAGGGAGUCGAACGCGACAUUGUGUUAGUGUGAAUUCAGUCUCUUUAUAGUGAGUCGGUUCAUUUGGAUCACUUCUGUUCUGCACAUUUUAGUGUUUUCCCUUCUCACAUCAUACUUUAUUUACACCCAGUUUAUACCCAAUUUAAUCACCUAAUUAACAGCCAUUCUUAGGUGUAUUAGAGCAGGAGAUAAAAUGAGCAGGACACGAUAGUGUUGGACCUGUAUAUCAUAUUCUGGACCACAUACAAUGCAUAUGUUCAGAUCAACAGACAAUAAAGCCCUCACCAGACCGGCUACUGUACUGCUGCAGGAGCUCUUUAAGCCUCACAUAUAAGAUUACAGCUCGUGUUUUACAUCGAGUCCCUGUCACAUUAAUGAAAACGUAAUUAAAAUAAAAUUAACAUGUUCAGGUAGGAAAACGGAUGUAGUCAGUCAGUAAGCCCGAGUGUGCCGGUUAAGGAAGUAGCAGUAGCAGGUCGACAGCGGGUUUAGGAAUGACAGCAGUGUGUUUAAUCGCAGCUCUGGCAUUUGUUCUGAAAUCAGAAUGUGUUCUCUCUGAGAACUGGACUGCUGUGGCACUAAACAGCUCAACACCGGACACAGACGGUCAGAAUGGAAGGGAGUUUACAGCGCCUACACUGAAAAGCAAUGAAGACAAGUGUGCCAAGGUGAUGACACUGCCUGCCAUCCAGCGAUGCGAGUUUGUUGUGAACACCUCAGACUGUCAUAUCGAGGGUGGCUUCAUUAAUUAUCCCUAUAUCACUUUUUGCGUUUUUCCUCCUAAACUCUUGCCCCUUGUCAUUUUUUUCUAUGUUCUGUGGCUGUUGAUUUUGUUCCUGAUUCUUGGACUGAUUGCAUCAGAUUUUUUUUGUCCGAACCUCUCUGCUAUCUCCUUCACUUUGAGGCUGACACAUAAUGUGGCUGGAGUGACAUUUUUAGCCCUUGGUAAUGGGGCUCCAGAUGUAUUCAGUGCCAUGGCUGCUUUCUCACGUCCACAGACUGCUGGCAUGGCAAUUGGAUCUUUGUUUGGAGCAGGCAUCUUUGUGACCACAGUCGUUGCUGGAAGUGUUGCACUGGUGAAGCCUUUUACUGUGGCAUCUCGCCCUUUUUUGCGUGAUGUCAUCUUCUACAUGGCUGCUGUCUUCUGGACUUUCAACAUUCUGUAUAAGAGAGAGAUUUCUCUGCAAGAAGCCCUAGGAUAUCUGGGAAUGUACUUGCUGUAUGUUAUAACUGUGGUGGUGAGUGCAUAUAUUUAUAACCGUCAGGCACGCACUUUGCAUGAACCGCUACCGAACUCUACAGAGUUUACCCAAGAGGAAGAGUGUGAGCCUUUGAUCUCCUUCACUGAGUCAACCAGUAGCAUUUUCCUGAGAGCUGUUAACCCCAUAGAUUACAGGAGUUGGAGGAGGAUACACUGGGGCUGGAAAGUGCUCAAGAUCAUUCAGCUGCCAUUUGAGGUGGUGCUGCUACUGACAGUUCCAAUUGUGGAUAUUGAUAAAAGGGAAUGUAACUGGAAACGCCCUCUUAACUGCCUUCACCUGAUCACUGGGCCACUGGUGUGUGUGCUUUCCUACAAUUCAGGGACAUAUGGUUUGUACCUCAUUGAAGGAGAGUUUCCUGUUUGGAUGCUGACAGCCUUUGUUGGAGCCUUUCUCUCAGGCAUAGUCUACUGUUCCUCCACUAAUGAGCAUCGUCCUUUUUACCACUUUCUCUUCGCUUUAGUGGGAUUUAUAGUGAGUGCUUUGUGGAUCAACACAGUGGCUUCAGAAGUUGUAAAUGUGUUGCACCUGCUGGGCAUCGUCCUUCGUUUGAGUAAUACUGCACUAGGACUCACACUUCUUGCAUGGGGAAACAGCAUUGGAGAUUGCUUUGCUGACAUCACUAUAGCACGGCAAGGCUACCCCCGAAUGGCCAUUUCAGCCUGCUUCGGAGGCAUCAUUUUCAACUUGCUUUUUGGAGUUGGUCUUGGAUGCCUUUUGCAGAUGAUCAACCUUCAUGAUGUCGUAAUGCUGGAAUCAGAGGGUUUGCUGUGUUGGGUACUGGCAGCAGCACUGGGUCUCUCUCUGGUCUUCUCAUUUGUGCUCGUUCCUCUGCAAUGCUUUCACUUGAGCCGAGCCUAUGGAAUCUUCCUUCUGCUCUUCUAUGCUGCCUUUCUUACCAUUGCACUCCUUACAGAACUUGGAAAAAUCCACAUGUAAGCCUGACCACAUGUAUGCACAAAGGUAAUGAAAGUGCAGAAUUUUUAACAGUUUAUAAACAGUAUAAAAGGUCAGAAACAUGUUAUUUUUAAGCAGUGUGACUGCUGAAUCUGGAUGAUUGUUUGAUUUUAAUGAACACAACCCUUGUGGGAUUGUUAGAUUACCUUAGUUACCUGUUUUAUUGUUGUUUUCUGCCAUUCAUGUAUUUCUUAUCUCUUACUGUAUAUCCCAGUAUAUGAAUGUUUUCAUAUACUUUAGAAAACUGUGAAAACUCAUUUCCUAAAACAUUAAUAAAAACUACUACAUUAAUUAUCUUGAUCAUUUGAUAUAAUAAAUCUAAAUUUGAUUAUUUUA